GAAUCUGACUUCAGCGCCGUCAUUCAUCAGCUGCCAUGCAUGGCGGCUGUCAGCGUCAGUUGUAAAACGUCCAGAUAUUUCUGCUGUAGCUGCAGCUAGAGUUAGCUGACGAGUAUGUCAAAGUAAACAAAAUUGUUCCUAAAUUAAAAGUGAAGAUAGAACAAAGUUAAACUGAGUGGGUUUGGUAGAGAGACGUUUGACAAGCAUGGCCUCCAUGUCCCCGAACAACUUCUCCUGGGUUGAACCAGGCAAGUUAGCCGGACUGGCGUUACCGAGGAUGACCUCUGAUUACCAGUACCUGCUGGACAACGGCAUCAAACACCUGGUCUGCCUGUGCGAAAGGAAACCACCGAAUCAUGACACGUGUCCAGAUUUACAGCUGCACCACAUAAAGAUAGUGGACUUCACCCCUCCUUCACCGAGUCAGAUUGAUAGAUUUCUGUCCAUUGUGGAAGAGGCCAACGCCAAGGGGGAGGGUGUGGGAGUUCACUGCAUGCACGGUCAUGGCAGAACAGGCACCAUGCUGGCCUGCUACCUGGUGAAGACGAGGAAGAUCUCGGGGAUCGACGCCAUCAAUGAGAUCCGGAGGAUGCGGAGAGGCUCCAUUGAAACUCAGGAGCAGGAGAAAGCUGUGGUCCAGUUUUAUCAGCGUGUAAAGUAGCUGUGAAAGUUCAGGAGCACAAACGGCAAUCUGAUUUUACAAUUCACGAGCUUGAAAUGAGAAUGAAAAGUGACUCAAAUACUUUGCUAAAUUAAUAUUUUAUUGUCUAAUACAUGAGUUUAAAGUUCAAAGAGCUGAUACAUGAAACAAAAAAGUCCUGGAGAUCAAUACAGCAGCUUGUAUUGACAUGACUCACAGUAUAUCCUGCUGACAUUUUACUAGGACACAAACUACAUACUCAAGCUGCCUUAUUUACACGGUACUGUAUGUUUUAUACUAUUACUAGCACAACAGUAGUUACGUUCAUCCCUGGAAGUUAUCUCAACAAGGCUUAGGAGGUCUGUCGGAACAAGAUCAAAGAGUGUAAUGAUAACUGACAUAUAGUGGAAUCCACACCUCAAUUUUAACAUCAACUUAAGAGGCCAAUAAUGUACCAUUGUGAUCACUUUGAGAUUGAUUGAAUUAGUGAUAUAAGCACUGAAAGCCAAUCAAAAUCAAACUGCAUUUAUAAUUCAGAUCAUCAAGAUACAACUAACAAUUCUGACUCAGCCAAAAGUAGGAAUUCAAUUUGUCUUUGGGCUCUCUUAAAGCUGGGGUUGGUAGUCUCGGAAAACCAGCAUGAAUUUGAAUGUAGCAUUUCCUCAUGACUCUGUCUAACCCCUCCCCUCCUCCCUCAGA